UGUGGCGCGUGACUACCAUGUUGGCAGUGCUAUUCGCCGUCAUCGUCCCUCAGGUCGUGGCGGCGGCUCAGAAUAGCAGUAGCAUGCGAGUCACUGAGACGGUAGGCGUUGACCUCACGUCUUUCGAGAGACAUGAGACCGGACAGCCCCUUGCGGUACCCCUCAAGCGUAUUGAUCAUAGGGGCGUCGCGACGCCGAGCUUAGGACGGCGAUUCUUCAAGACUGAUGUGUUAGGAGUGUUUGGAGCCGCUUAUCUAGCUGAGUUAACGAUAGGUACAAGCAAAGAUGGGAAGAAACAGGUCAUAGAUCUCCUCAUAGACACGGGCUCGUUCGAGAUGUGGGUUAAUCCCACCUGCUCGAAGGCAAAUGUACCGGAAUUCUGUGAGGCCUUCGGCCAUUAUGACCCCAGGCGAUCGUCGACAAGCCAAAGGCUUAACGGGAGAUUUAUGAUCAAAUAUGGGUCGGGCCAAGUAGCUGGGGAUUACUAUAAGGAUGAUAUCUACAUUUCUGGGGCGAAGAUUGAAAAUCAACAGUUCGGCGUGGCCAAUUCGUCCGAGCUUGUCUGGUUCGGAAUCCUGGGCCUAGCCCACGGUCAGGGGAAUGGAUUCAUCAAUUACCCCGUGCUGAUAGAUUCCAUCACUGCUAAAGGACUCGCAAAGACAAAGAUGUUCAGUAUGGACCUCGGCAACCAAAUUAGUCCCGGAGGCGCCGUUGUGGGCGAAUUGGUAUUUGGUGGUGUCGACACAAACAAAUACUCAGGUCUCCUGAAGAAAGUCCGCACAGACCCAGGUGAUCCACACUAUCGCGUGACCCUAAACUCACUCGCCCAUCGCCCCCCUGGAUCCACGAAGUCAACGCCGUUCAUCGACUCCAACCUCCCUGUGUCUGUCAUCAUCGAUUCCGGCACGACACUCUCUUUGCUUCCCGAGCCAGUAGUCGAGAAAAUUGCGGCGCAAUUCCCAGGCGCUCAACCUGACGGAGCAGGCGGAUAUAAAAUCGAUUGCUCGUAUCAGAGUCUAGAUGGUAGCGUUGACUUUAGCUUCUUCUCUGAAUCAGGGCCCGUCACGAUUAAUGUCGUAUAUCGCGAUUUCAUCUGGAACAGCGGUGGAGAUUGCUUCCUUGGGGUCUGGUCUAGUAAUGAGCUUGGGCUUUGGAUUUUGGGAGAUACGUUCCUUAGGGGUGCUUACAUCGCAUUUGACCAGACGAAUAAUGCGCUAUUCAUGUCCAACUAUGUAUCUUGCGGCGAUGGACAGUCAAAUCUCGUGACUGUCCCCGCCGGCCCAAACGAAGCGGCGAAAAUCCCGGGCGCAUGUAACGUAGCUGCCUCCUCACCGUCAGCCAGUACAUCGACGUCGUCAGCAACAUAUCCAAGCGGAACGGUCUCCAGCGCCGUAAUCCCAACGGCCGCCUCUUCUCUCGGCGGCACCGUGAAUCCCGUGAGCCCUCCCGUCGUCACAGAGGCACCUACUUCAGGCCUUUCGCCUAGCGACGGCCCUGACGCAGCAGCGGUGCGAAAGCCAGAGGGCGUGACGGUCACGGAAACCAUCACCCGCGCCGUCGUGUACACGGUAGCAGGUUGUCCGGAGACCGUAGUGCACUGUCCGUACCGCGACCAAGUCUCGACGCGCUUCGAGACGGCCGUCACGACGUAUUGUCCAGGCCACGGGGAUUCAGCAAUCACCCUCACGGAAGCGAGCGUGCCAGCGAAGACGCUGGUAAUAGACAUGGGAAGCGGAAACUCGGGAUCGGACGAGCAACAGCAAGGUCUCGAGCAAGACCUAGUAACGACAACGACGUACAUCCCCACGACGACGAUUUACAAGGUUCUGUCCUGCGCCGACGGCGCCUGCACAGCGGGCAAGACGACGACGCGCGUCAUCACCGUCGCGAAGACGGUCGUCGUGCACCCCGUGCCCACGGCGGCGGCGGAGAUCGUCCCGACAGGCUGGAACGACACGAGUAUCAAGAACGGAUCGAUUUCGCCGUCGUGGCACAGCGGCGACACUAACAUCGUCGUGUCCGCCGCGGCGCCCCUCGACGACGCCAAGGUCGACAGGCGGUUCCUCGGGGCCGUGUUCGGGUUUGUCUGGGGCGCCAUGGUGUUAUUGUGAUUGGGAUACGCACGCGUUAUACACUAUAUUGACAGAAUCUGCGGACAAGAAUAGAAGCGACAAACGCGCGGAAAAGAAGGGGGGAGUUGAGCCAGAUGAGGAAAAUAUGAUGAAGGCUACUUAUAGAUUGUUACGAUUAUGCCUGGGUUUAAUUGCAUCAUACACGGGCUACGCUUGGGGAAUGCACAACGCGGAGUUCAGUUCAACAUUUAAGAGGAAAUUA